AUGACUUCGAUACCCAAGGCUCCCCAGGGUCACUUCCGGGUGCUUUAUUUCGCUGGUGCCAGCUCAUUUACUGGCAAAGAGGAAGAGGCUUGGCCCGCACCCUUGCUGCUGAGCAAGCUCUUUGCCGAGCUUGAGUAUAAGUAUCCUGGCAUCCAGGCCAAGAUUUUGGACUCUUGCUUGGUUACGGUCAACCUCGACUACGUAGAUGUCCCCGAUGCCGGCGAUGCGAAUGGGCCCAUGAUUCAAGAGUCUGAUGAGGUUGCCAUCAUACCUCCGGUCAGCUCUGGUUGA